CACAACUUCCUUGCCAUUUGUGUGGUGGCAACCAUCAAAACCCAUGUUGACCUCAAUCAUGGAUCCUAACAAGCCUAGAUUUUGAUAUCCUUCUUCUCCAUUUCUAGCAUCUUUCUUUGUCAUCGCUGUCGUUACUGUCAUGUCAUUGAUUCAGCAUGUCUCUUCCGUUGAAGGCGUUGACCAAGAACCGCUCGAGGAAUUCGGUCAUACCCUCGAACGCCAGCAAAGUCAUCAUACUUUGAGCUAUGACCCAAUCCCAUCCGGCCCGGAAGGUUUCCAGGAUAAACUCGAGGCACAAGCCGCUUAUGAAGUUUCUCAGCCAAAGAGAAUUGCUCAGAUAAUUGUGGCAGUCAUCACAUGUGUCACUGCUUCAGGUAUCGUCUUUGGUUUUGAUGCUCUCAAAACAAUCCUCGCAGAAGAAGAUGUCUAUCGGGAAACAUGCACGGAAGACGAGCUCCGUCGAGACGUCCGGCUGUGCUAUGCCCAAGACCAAGCGCUGAAUCUCACCUUCGUCAUCGCCUCGGUCACUACCAAUGUCUCAGCUCUUCUCGUAGGCGGCAUCCUGGACCGAUACGGCCCUCGUCUCUGCGGCCUUAUCAGCUCCGUUCUCAUCGCACUAGGCAGUCUGUCUAUGGCCUUUGCUAGCUCUUUGCCUUUCGACGCUUACAUGGCCGCGAGUUUCCUGCUGGCUCUCGGAGGCACCUUUACUUUUGUUCCCUCGUUCCAUCUUGCAAAUGCCUUUCCUCGAUAUCAGGGUCUCAUCUUAGCUCUCAUCACAGGGGCCUUUGAUGCUUCGGCCUCCAUAUUCCUGAUCUUUCGGCUGGUCUAUCGAUGGACCGAAGGCUCUUUUAACAUCCGCUCGUUCUUUCUCCUCUUUCUCCUGGUCCCUGUCUUCAUUUUCGUCACCCAAUUGACCCUAAUGCCAGCUCGCAGUUACGAAACACGCACGGAACUAACCUCCAAGGUCGAGCUCGCCAGCGAUCCCACUCAAGACGUUCAUGACAGUGACGAUGAGUUCGAUAAUGCGGCCGAUCUAAUGAGGGUCAGAUCCGAGCGAGCGGUUCGAAGACGUCAAUCCAUUGCAUCCAUCAACGAAUUACUCGGUGAUCAGGCCCAACGUGACCAGUAUGAGAAGAAGGAGGACGCCAUACACAACACCUCGGGUGUUUGGGGUGUUUUGCAUGGGGUUCCCGCUUCACAGCAGCUCCUGUCCCCGUGGUUUCUUCUUAUGAUGCUCUUCACCGUCCUGCAGAUGAUGAGAUUCAAUUUCUUCAUUGCUACCAUCUGGUCUCAGUACGUUUUCAUGCUCAAUUCGGAAGAAGCUGCCACCAAGGUGAUUGAAUUCUUUGAUGUCGCUCUCCCAGUUGGCGGUGUGGCGACCGUUCCUUUUAUUGGUGCAUUGCUCGACCACAGCAGCACUGUCGCCGUUUUGAAUCUGUUGGUCUUGCUGAGCACUGUCAUUGGAAUCCUCGGCGCCGUCCCCACCAACUGGGCCGCGUAUUCCAACGUGGUGUUGUUCUGCAUCUUCCGACCUCUUUAUUACUCUGCCAUGUCUGACUAUGCAGCCAAAGUCUUUGGAUAUGCGACAUUUGGCACCGUAUACGGAACUAUCAUCUGCCUGUCUGGCAUCUUCACCUUUACCCAGUCCGGCCUUCAGGCUAUGUUGCACCAUACUUUUGAAGAUGACCCAGAGCCCAUAAACCUCGGUCUCGCCACCGCAGGCCUCGGCUUGGGUAUCGCCUUGGUCAUGUACGUUGACAUCAAGGGAAGAGCCAUGGAACGAGAGCGAAUCAGCAAAGCCAAUUUCGGGGAUAGGUCUGUCAGAGAUGUCGCCCCGGUUUUUCGAAAUCUGACUCCCAAUCUUACUGGCGAUGAUAGCGAGCGCCAGGCUCUGCUGUCUCGAGACGGUGGCAGACCGAGAAUGCCUUACAAUCUGUCAACCGUCCAGGAACGGGCAGAAUUGUGAAUACACUCGUCGGCUAUAGGUGCUUUCCUCCGUGAGUACAAGGAUCACUUCUACAACGGCCCGUCAGAGUUUGCGUGAAAAGUCAAGGGGAACAUCGACUUAUGAAAUCUAUCUCGUUCUCCCUCUUCAUCCUUCUACCACGCAUAUCCGGUCAUGAGCACUCGAUCCUCCAGGGUACCUCUUCUCUAGCCCUGCCAGUCCCCUCAUAUUCAUCCUCGUCUACAAAUUCUUCAUCAACCCACUCCAUUCCAUCAACGCCUUCUGCCCUUCUUCAAGAGACGCCGAAGGCUCCUCACCCAACCACUGUGGCUGCAAACGGUUCAAAUUAUCCUCAAUUUCCCAACCACGGCCGCCCUCGGCAUAGAUGGCCUUGCCAUUAAGUCCGGCAAUUGCAGUGAGACCAGCAAUGAUCUGAGCAAUGUCGCCCGGCUGGUUCACGGGCAGGCCUGCUUCCAGCCACUUGUCCUCAAUCAAACUCGUCAUGCCCGUGGCGACGUACCAUGGACACACGGCAUUGACUCUAACACCAUUGGAUUCAGGAAGGACUGGUCUCAGACAACGUAAGAGACCGAGGAUUCCGUGUUUCGAGGCCUAGUUUAAAGUCAUUGGGUCAGCUGAAUCAUUCCCUCGAGGAAAGCUGAGGGUUGACAUGACAUACCUGAUAGAGUGGCAUUCCAGGGGUGUCCUUAAACCCGGCCAGCGAGGAAAUCAGAGUCAAAGACUUGUCAUCCGAAGGUUUGCUGCCUUGUUUGAGAUACACGACAGCAAUACGGGAGAAAUACAACGAGCCCAAUAAAUUGACGUCCAAGGUCUUUUUGGGUGGGACCUAUUAUCAUUCACAACUUGUGAUUAGUUCUAACCAUGACCCAGAGUCUCACACACGACCACGCAUUCAUGGUAACGAGACCUCAAAAAUCUGGAUGAUAACUCACCUGUCUCACCGUCUCCAAGGUCAACUCCGGAUUAAACCAAUUGCCCACCUCGAUGAUUCCCGCACACGAGACGGCAGAAUCAAUACGUCCAUACGUCUGCAUACAGAAAUCAAACAGCGCGAGCAAGGACUCGUAUGAAGUGACAUCUGUCUGUUUAAAGCAAGCGCGAGGUUUGCCUGAUGCUGGAUAUUUCGACACGACUUGGUCUACUACAGCUUGGCCGCCGACGGCAUCUUGGUCGGCGGAACAGAUAUAGGCCCCUUUUUCGGCGAGGAAGCGCACGGUGGCGGCGCCGAUGCCGUUGGCUCCGCCUGAUUAGGGGGGGAUACGAUGUUAGUUAUUAUUGUUGGGUUG